GCUCCUCCUCCACUAGACGCUUCAGCGCCUGCUUUUCCUCGGGUUCCAGGUGGUCGCGGCCCGCGUGAGCCAAGAACCUCCGCCGCACGAUGGAAUGAGUGAGCGUGCUGCGGUGACAUGGUGUCAAAACGGAGUCCCCGUCCCACCCCGUCCCUUUCCAACCCCAACUCCAACCCGCUAUGCACCUGAGGUCUGGGCGGCCUCGGAAGAAGCUACGGGUGAACUCCUGCAUCUCCUUCUCCCGCGCCAUUUUGCUCCACCCGGGAUUGGCGGCUCCCGCCUAUUUUUCUCGUCGGCCUCCGUCAGCGCGUUUGACAGCGGCUUCCGCAAGCGCAGUGCUAUGACGCCUUAAGGCGAGGGGCCGUUGAAUCUCGGUCGCGGACUGCUGGGGCCGAGAACUUUGCCAGAGCAAACUUGUUUUCCCUGGGUAGUUGGAGGUCUCGCGGCUCCCACCUUUCCUUAAAACGAACGGUUAAGGUUCUUAUCAGCGUCGGCAAUCUGUCGGUGUAACGUAAUCAACGCGCGACGCAGCCUUCUUCCCUCUUACGGGCACCAUCUAGGCCGCUGUUAUUCCGAAACGCAGAAAAAAAAGAGCAUCCUCGCCAGGAGAUUGGGAACAUCUGGAUGAAACGUUCCUGUGGCUUCAAAUCUCUAAGCACAUUUGGAAUAAAAAACGGCGUCCUCCGACGUCCGCCAUCUUUGUGACGUCGCCGCGUCGCGGCUUCGCCGUCUCCUGCGCAACCACUCGAAUCCCCGUUCCUUUCCCGGUAUUCCCCUGGAGGACGGUCCGGGCGGUGGCGCUGCCUGGGCGCGGGGCACGCCGGGAGUUGUAGUCCUAGCCGGCAUAGCCUUGCGGAGUCUCCGGAAGUGGAGGCGUGAAAGGCCGGGCUGAGCCGGCUUGGGGCGGCGGCAGACGCUGGGGCGCCUCUCCCGGGCCGGUCAUGAACGGGCCGGCGGACGGCGAAGUGGACUACAAAAAGAAAUACCGGAAUCUGAAGCGAAAGCUCAAGUUCCUCAUCUACGAACACGAGUGCUUCCAGGAGGAACUGAGGAAGGCGCAGAGGAAAUUGCUGAAGGUGUCCCGGGACAAGAGUUUCCUCCUAGACCGACUUCUGCAGUACGAGAACGUGGAUGAAGACUCUUCUGAUUCAGAUGCCACUGCAUCUUCAGAUAACAGCGAGACAGAGGGGACACCCAAGUUGUCGGACACACCAGCCCCCAAAAGGAAGAGAAGCCCUCCACUGGGAGGCGCCCCCUCUCCCUCCAGCCUCUCCCUGCCUCCUUCAGCAGGGUUCCCCCUGCAGGCCUCCGGGGCCCCCUCCCCAUACCUGAGCUCGCUGGCUUCCCCCCUCUACCCCCCAUUCCCUUCUGACUACCUGGCCCUGCAGCUGCCCGAGCCCAGCCCCCUGAGGCCCAAGCGGGAGAAACGGCCCCGCCUGCCCCGGAAACUCAAGGAGCUUCCAGAAAGGGGCCUGAAGAGUGGACAAGGUCCCUGGACUCAGCCCAAGUGCCCCAAUCCUCCCUCCUCUCCUGCUGAUGAAUACAAGUCCUCGCUUUCUCCUGACAGCUCUGUGACCCACUGGGGGUCCUGCCCUCUCUUGCGGAUGUCCCUGUUUCCACCACCUGUGCCCACCUCCUCCCUUCCAGACCCCAAAGAACCGGGCGAAGAGGGCCUUGGUGGCGUUGACACAGAUCGUCUUUAUUAGUGCGGUCUGUAAGCACCUCCCACGUCCCCCGACCUCAGAUUGGAGGAAGCCUUGAGAGGUCUGUAGCACCAGGGACAUGCCAGGGCCUGAGGGCAAGAUGCGCAGCCUGCCUGCCGGGAAAGGACUGGGCGCCCCUCACCUGCCCCAGGGCCGCUCAGCGCUGAGGCUUGGUGGGCAGCAGCGCCCGCCCUCCCCCCACCCCAACAGACUAGUCUGAAUUUGGGCAAAUAAAUAAAAUAAAUAACAUUCCCCAGCCUGGCCUGCCCCUCAGACGAGCUCUGGGGGGGGCCGGCCCCUGGUGAGGCCUGUGGUGGGGAGUAAUUAGGGUGUCCUCCCUCUCCCAGAUGACGGGGAGCCCAGGGGUUUGCAGCAGGGGGUGGGGAUGUCCUUGGCAGCGGGGCCUCCCCCAUGUCCUGACUCCUGGUCCCCUUGAGUCCUUGUCUCCCCAUGAGGCCUCCCGCCCUCACAGGCAGGAGGUGGUGGCCCCUUCCCUUCUCCAGUGAGGGGUAUACGGGGAGGGGUCACUGUGGGGAGAAGAGGUCCUCCCUCUCCCUGCCAUUGGCCCCUGAGGGAGGGCCCCUCCCCCUUCUGGGCCACCCCGUCCUGGGGCUGUCCAGCGUGCCGCCCCCACCCGUCAGCCCCACAGCCCUGUCUGCAGGGGGG